AUUCUGUACCUGUGGCCUAGAAUCUCUCUCUCUCUCUCUCUCUCUCUCUCUCUCUCAAACACAUGAAAUCUGAUUCAAGGCGAAAACAUAAGCGAAAGAGAGAAAUACCCUUUUCUCCUCCCUCCCCUGAACACCCGUUGCCUCCGGCAACUCCUCCGUCCAAAAUGAGCCAGUGCGUUCCCAGCUGGCGGGAUUCCGACGACAAUCCCAACCCUGCCAGUGCCAGGCUUUCUCUUCGCCCUCACUCCAAUUCUACUGCCCCAGCUGAUGUCCCCAUGCUAGACUAUGAAGUCGCCGAGCUGACGUGGGAGAACGGCCAGCUAGCUAUGCACGGCUUAGGUCCACCACGAGUGCCUGUAAAGUCCCCCACCUGUACAACCUCUGCUUCCAAGUACACUACCUGGGAAAAGCCGCGCGCUGGCGGAACCUUGGAAUCCAUAGUGAACCAAGCGACCCGUUUGUCUCCUCCCCACCGGAAAACAUUCGACGGCGCCGCCGACCUCGUUCCGUGGUUCGACCACCAGCACCGCGCUGCCGUGUCUGCCGUCGCCUCUACUACUUUGACUAUGGACGCUCUAGUGCCGUGUUCUAACAGGACCUCAGACGUUGACCAGGGGCAGGUGGUAGACGGGCUCGGCACGUGCGUGGUCGGGUGCUCUACACAUGUCGGGUCCUGCAGCGGGGCGAAGGACGGAGACGCCGACGUGGUUUUAGCGGGUAAACGCGCGACGGAGGCGCGUGUCCUUGCGGAGUGGAGCAGCAGAGACCAGAGCGUCACUGGGAGGGCCACGUGUGGGAUGGAUAGUCAGCGUGUAACUCUUGACUCGUGUGAGAUGGACCUUGGUGUUGGGAUUACUUCCACAUCGCCUGGCUCCCCGGAACACACCAGCUCUCCCGGCGAGCCUUGCACAAAGGCCACCACCGCCGAUGACCAUGACUCCGUUUGCCACAGCUCACCUCAGAGGGAGGCAGGUGAUGAGGGCAAAAAGAAGAGUAAUGGGAAAUCCUCUGUUUCUACUAAAAGGAGUAGGGCUGCUGCCAUUCAUAACCAAUCUGAACGUAAAAGGAGAGAUAAAAUAAAUCAAAGAAUGAAGACCCUACAGAAGCUGGUCCCCAAUUCGAGUAAGACUGAUAAGGCGUCGAUGCUUGAUGAAGUGAUUGAAUAUCUAAAGCAAUUGCAAGCUCAAGUCCAAAUGAUGAACAGAAUGAAUAUGCAACCAAUGAUGUUGCCAAUGGCCAUGCAACAACUUCCGAUGUCUAUGAUGGCUCCACUAGGCAUGGGGAUGGGUAUGGGCAUCGGACUUGGUAUGGGCAUGGACAUCAAUACCAUCAACCGCCCCAACAUCGCUGGCAUCUCUCCUGUUCUUCACCCUACUGCCUUCAUGCCUAUUGCCUCCUGGGAUGGCUCCGGUGGCGACCGGUUACAAGCUGCCACCUCAGCGGCGGUAAUGCCAGACCACUUGUCUGCAUUCCUGGCAUGCCAAUCACAGCCAAUGACCAUGGAUGCAUACAGUAGGAUGGCUGCCAUGUAUCAGCAGCAGCAGCUGCAGCAGCACCAGCAGCAGCAGCAGCAUCAACCUCCACCUUCUAGUUCUAAGAGCUAAGCUUUCUGGUAUAUAUGCAUGCCUUGUUGCUUGCAAUGCCUACCUAGGGAGAAAAAUUAAAAAUUAGGUGCAUGAAAUUGAUAUGAUUUUGUGUUGCUUCAAGGGCAUACAAGGUGGUAUUUCUAAAUGUUGCGAUUAGUGUAUAUUAGCUCCAACAAAGAAGGAAAUAGCUAAAAAUGGUGCCCUUUUUUGGGGGUAACCAAUUUGUGAAUAGUUGGCGCAUUUGGUGUACAAUAUUUUCUUUUUCCUUUCAACUAAUUAAUUUGGAACCUCUGUGAUGGGUUUGUAUUUUUGAAUGAAAGAUGUAUCUUCAUUUUUUCA